AUGAACGGCAAAAGGAUUCAUCAGAAGUUCAGCUAUCGAGUUUCUUACGCUCUCUUGUACCCGCAAAGAAAUUUUCUGCUGCGAUGGCGGAAGACAUGCAUCGUAAAGUUUUUGACUAGCAUGGAUGCCGCGGGAAAACAAAAACUCCAUGUACGCUCAUGCUCUAGUAAGACCUGAAGUUACCCUAAGCGUCUGGCGGCCGGAACUGUCGAUUCAUAUAUAGGGAAGCUUAGAGCGAUUUUCAAUAGGUUAGGCCGUACAGGGCUUUCUAACCCGUUAGCACAUUCUUGUGUUAAAGAAUAUCUUAUGUUUGUAAGAGAGGAGCAAGCUCAGCGACCUUUGUAACCUCGUCAGUCUGUCCCUUUGUUCUAUGAAAUAUCACCCGUUUAA